UUUAGGCUGUACAAGUCAAUGCGAUGACUCCACACCAUGUCCUGAGGGUAGCUCUUGCGUGGAUAAUCAAUGUUGUACCUGUUCCAAGGAGGAAUUCACUUUGGUGUUGAGGAAUUUAACAUUUGAAGACUCGGGGAGAUAUAAAUGCCAAAUUGCCAACCGAUCAGAGCAGUUGGAAUUUCAAGUGGAAGUACUGGAAUCUGGGUUAAAAGGCGGUUUUCACGAAAACAUCUCGUAUGACCAUUCGGAGUGUUGCCAAGAAAAAGGAAUUUCGCCACUAUGUAGGGCUAUGUGUAAGCCAAGCGAGAUGGCAGAGCACCAUUUUGACCCUAUAAGGUAUAACUUUGGUCGCAACAGUUUUGUGAGAGCUAUUCACAGCCAAUCAUGCCCUGAAACUAGUUGUACAAGUCAAUGUGAUGAUUCCACACCAUGUCCUGAGGGUAGCUCUUGCGUGGAUAAUCAAUGUUGUACCUGUUCCAAGGAGGAAUUUACCCUGGUGCUGAGGAAUCUAACAUUUGAAGACUCAGGGAGAUACAAAUGCCAGAUUGCUAACCGAUCAGAGCAAUUGGAAUUUCAAGUGGAAGUACUGGAAUCUGGGUUAAAAGGCGGUUUUCACGAAAACAUCUCGUAUGACCAUUCGGAGUGCUGUCAAGAAAAAGGAAUUUCGCCACUUUGUAGGGCUAUGUGUAAGCCAAGUGAGAUGGCAGAGCACCAUUUUGACCCUACAAGCUGCAAAACCGACGACUAUAAGAAUUUCCUCUACUGCGCCACAGAAAAUGGUACAAGGAGCCAUAUUCAUUGCUGUAAGACUCAGUUGGUCCCAUCAUUCUGCUAUGAUUUCUGUUCCGGUGACUUCAAGAUGCUCCGCCGAUCUCAUCGUCUUUGCCUAUACUACCUACCGGAAAUCUUCGAAUGCUACAAUCGAGCAUACCGUAUGUUGGCCAAUCCACCUUUAGAACUUGGAAUCCAAUCUUUGCAGAUGCUUCGCCGAUCCCAUCGUCUUUGCCUAUACUAUCUACCGGAAAUCUUUGAAUGCUACAAUCGAGCAUACCGUAUGUUGGCCAAUCCUCCUUUAGAACUGCCAUAUCCGGAUCCUCCCGAACAAGUUGUGGUGAAUGCCGUAGAACAUGACAAAUUAAGCGUCUGUUGGCGACCUCCUCCAGUUCAUGAGUCCAAUAAAAACUUCCCAGUUAUUGAUUAUAGUGUUUACUACAAGGAAAUUCCGAAUUUCCCAUUAAUGGGUGGAGAUAUUGGUAUUCCACUACUAAAUGGAGAUUAUUCCGAAUUUGGUGAUUUGGACGACGAUACUGACUAUGUGGACCCAGAUACGACCACUGAGAAGCCGACACAAAGAACGAGAAGAGAAGAGAAGCCCCGACUCAGUUUUGGCAUUCGCAAAAAGCGCGACACUGUAGUAAGUGUGCUAGACCUGCAACCACCUCCUAAGCAAGAUUCAGGAUUACCGAGCGUGCUAAACCUGCAACCAUCUCCUAAGCAAGAUUCAGGAUUACCGAUAAAUACAACCGGAACGUGUCAGACGAUCAGUGAUUUGCGUUCAUCAACCCGCUAUAUCGUCUAUGUGACGUCGAGAAACGAGUACGGUACUAGUGUGCCUAGUGUAAGGUCAAUCGCCAGUACCAAUAUACAUACCGUGAAAAACAAUGAAACACUUCCGGAUGUGAUGAGUGAGUUUAAAACUGUUUUAUCUUCCGUAGAUCUGCUUGAAUGAUG